AUUGAGGCUGAGCUGAUAUUGUCAUCUGGGAUUUUAACUCGAUACAUACAAAAGAACAAGAUUGAGUCACAGCCUUGAUACGGUAGGCUCAGUUUAGCAAAGCGUUCAGUAAGUGGACUUGUUGGAAGAGAUUUAAACGACAGCUCGUUGUUGGCUUAUUUUGAUCGAAUGAAAUGGUUCGGACGAGUACGCCUCUCCUACUUAAUUCAAAUUUCAUCUGAAUAGAAUUUACAUUCUCAGUUCCCCUUCGUUCGAGCACCUAUACACCAACAUCUGUGUGCCUGACUACAUCGUUGAACUGAAUUUCCUCUCGUUCAGCAUGUCAAAAUACUUUUGUUUUGUGUUAUUAUUGGUCUUGUUGUUGAGAUCCCGAUUGAUCCAAAGUGAGCCUCUUAAUCCGGACAAUGCAACCUUCGCCCGUGAAGGCAAAGGUCAAAUAAAUAAUUUGACUAGCCUUGGCAUGGCUCUACAAAAGUUUGUGAAUCGUUUUGAGGAAGUCGAAAUGCAACAGAAUCGUAUUUUGGACAAGGCUGUUCGAUCCCUUGACCGAGAUAGUGGAGGUGCUGAUGGAAAUAGGCUUCCAUCCGUAAUUCACCUUUUGCCAGAUGAUUACGACAAACGACAGUUUCCACCUCAAAAAGACGAUGACACACCAAAUGAGAUCUCAAUCACUAUGGAUAUUUAUAGUAUCCCUCAGCUGGAUGAGAAAAAAGAAGAAAUCAUGUUGGAAGUGCGUCUGUCGCAUUAUUGGUACGAUUCAAGACUUGAGGCCGAUUUUAAAAAACCAAUUGAAUUGGUACCCGAGGCAAUCGGAGAAUUCUGGUCCCCAGACAGCUAUUUCCACCACGCCAAAGACUCCAAAACUGUUAAUCUGAUUCGGAAGCCGGCUAGUUUGAGAAUUACGCCGGAUAAAAUGAUUAAAUACACCAUGAUGACAAUGGUCACAAUUGGCUGCCCAAUGUCGUUCCACAUCUAUCCAAUGGAUCAACAAACAUGCAGGCUUGAGCUGCAAAGCUUUGGAUACAGCUUACAAUACAACAACUAUACGUGGAGACGAAAACCUUUCCUGAAGCGCGAUACAGUACUGGAUAAUCAUAAUGUCAAGAUAGCACAUUACGAGUUCACGUACACGAGUGAUGGUAUCAAAUACCCGGGUUUGGGCAUUCGAAUCGAACUCAGAAGGUACCUUGGGUACCACAUAACGCAAACCUACAUCCCAAGCGUUAUCUACGUGGCAGUGGCUUGGUUGUCGUUCGUGGUUCCCAGUGAUGUUGUUCCUGGGCGAAUGGUUCUGUGUGUGACGACUUUGCUCACCCUAACCUCGAUGUUUAAUUCCGUCAGAAACAUUACACCGCAAGCUUCGUAUAUGAAAGCUAUCGAUCUGUGGGUAUUUGUUUGCAUCUUAUUCGUAUUCUCGUCGUUGGCUGAGUAUGGAUUAAUCCUGCAUCUAACCAGUCGGUCAGCUUGGCAAAAAAGAAUGGACGCCCACAUCCGUGGAAAAACGGGCAAAGCCAGUCUCAAAACGAUUUCUCCGGCUCAACUAUUGUCGGUUACCAUGCACAAGGAGAAACGUCUGGGUGAAUCCUUGCAUCCCGAUUUCAUUUCUCCACGAGGAGGCUCUGGCCAGGAUGGGCGACAAGCCAAUUGUACUAUUUCAACGCCUUCACCAUUGGCUCCAAGGGACCCAGCUUUACCCUCGGAUAAAGAACGAUGGGCCUACACUAUCGAAUGGACGGUCAAAAUCAUUUACCCUUUGGCUUUUGCUAUUUUCAACGCUGCUUAUUGGACCAUUUACUUGCGACACUACAGCUCUGAGCCUGAAGUUUGAGAAUGAAGAUUUAAACACGAUGAGUGGGAAUUAAAUCAUGAAAUGCAGAAUGCGACACCAAUUGACAGUGUAAUUAUGAUGACUCCAUUACGUAUAGCGUACUUGCUCCCAUCGUUUGACUCACUGAGGAUUCCAGUUUGUGGUUUCCAUGAUAACUGUCUUGCCACUAAAACAUAUAUAUGGAAGUUUCCAGAAAUACAGUCGCUUUGAGGCAUUU